GCGCCGCCGCCGCCUCCUCCCCGCCCCGUGGAUGCCCGCCCGGGGAGCCGGGGCAGCGCGCCCCUGAGCCAUGGAGGAGCUGACGGCGUUUGUCUCCAAGUCGUUUGAUCCCAAAGCCAAGGAGAAGAAGGAGCUCAUCACCUACCGCGAGGUGCUGGAGAGCGGGCCCCUGCGCGGCGGCGGCGGCCCGCGGGAGCCCGGCGGGGCGGCGGCGGAGCCGGGCCGGGAGGACACGGGCAGCCCCGCGCUGCGGCCGGCCGGGCGCUCCCCGCCGCGGGAGCCCGACGCCGCCGCCGAGAGAGCGGCCGAGGCGGCCACCCCCAAGCUCAGCGACGUGUCCCCAGAGCUGAAGGAGCGCAAGGAGGAUGCGAAAGCGAUGGAAGACGAAGGGCAGACGAAAAUCAAGCAGAGGAGGAGCCGGACGAAUUUCACCCUGGAGCAGCUAAACGAGCUGGAAAGGCUUUUCGACGAGACCCACUACCCGGACGCGUUCAUGCGGGAGGAGCUGAGCCAGCGGCUGGGGCUCUCCGAGGCCAGGGUGCAGGUUUGGUUCCAGAACCGCCGGGCCAAGUGUCGGAAGCAGGAGAACCAGCUGCACAAAGGGGUGCUGAUCGGAGCCGCCACGCAGUUCGAAGCCUGCCGGGUGGCUCCCUACGUGAACGUGGGCGCGCUCAGGAUGCCGUUCCAGCAGGUGCAGGCGCAGCUGCAGCUGGACAGCGCCGUGGCUCACGCUCACCAUCACCUGCACCCGCACCUGGCCCACGCCCCCUACAUGAUGUUCCCCGCGCCCCCCUUCGGGCUCCCGCUGGCCACCCUGGCCGAGUCCGCCUCCGCCGCCUCCGUGGUGGCCGCAGCCGCCGCCGCCAAGACCACCAGCAAGAAUUCCAGCAUCGCCGACCUGCGCCUGAAGGCCAAGAAACACGCUGCUGCCCUGGGGCUGUGACCGCGCUGCUUGCUUUUCUUUUUUUCUUUUUUUUUUUUUUUUGGUGAAAAAAAAAAAAAAAGGGAGGAAAAGAGUUAAAAAAAAAAGAAACGAGGGAGAGGAGAAACGGACGGGAGAUAUAUACUUAUUUAAGGAAUUAGAGGACGCGCAGCUGGGAAGUUCACAGGUUUUGAGACUGACCUUUUUCUGCGAAGUUCACUUUAAUACAAGAAAUUUGAUAAGAGAGGCGGGCCUCCUUUCACGUUGCAUCAGGUACUUGAGUUUAACAACCACGUCUGGACAAGCGACAAAAAAAAAAAAAAAGGGAUAAAAAAAAAAAGAAGAGAGAAAGAUGACGAUGAACAGAAAAAAAAAAAAAGGAAAAAAAAAAGACAAUGAUUUCUCUGCGAAUUUCUGAUGGGAAACUGUCCGGGAUACUUCCUCCAGCAGCAUUCCGGGUUGCAUGUAUUUGUAUUUCAUUGAUGGAGUCCUUUGAUUCACUUGCACUUCACCCUCAUCUUUAGUAGGAAAAAAAAAAAACAACAAAAACCAACAAGACAACCACAAAACCAACCAAACAAACGUGGCUGGGUUCUUUCUCCUUUAAUCCUGGAGGGAAGCAGGCACAGAGAGGCAGAGCCAGCGCUGCCUUUGCCACUCUCAAAUCUCUGUUGAUUGUUUGCUGUCCCACCUCUGAAAUAAAAGCGCCAGGAGAGCGGAGUUCGCCUCCCUUUGCCGGGUCUCUCCUGUCCCCAGGGCAAAAGUAAAUGGAAAAAAAAAAAAAAGGAAAAGAAAAAAUUAAAAAAAAAAAAAAAGAGAGUAUUUAAUUCCCACCCACCACUUGACACCACGGCAAAUUCCAAUAAGAGGUACUGGGUACAUGUAAAAUAUGUUGAUACACACGAACAAAGUUUAUUUUGGCUAUAACUUGUGAAUUGAUAGUUGACUGUCAAACAUUUACAUUUUAUCUCAUAAAGGUGUAUCUAUUCACGUAACCUUGUGAUUUUUUUGGUUAUUAUUAUUAUUAUUUGAGAGACGUAUAGCUAUUUAAGCUGGGGUGCCCUGCAGUCAGUGAUUGUUACCCCAGAUUUUGCCAUCUGACCCUCAUGCUUAUUGCCAAGACAGAGGGAAAGCUCUUCUACGCGAACUUUGGUAUGGACGGGCUUUGUAUCUAUUUGUUCUCCAUGAAAACAAAAUUAUUUAUAUUGACCAUA